AAAAACCCUUUGCAUUCGCUGGAGAAUUCGACGCGCCCAUUCAUCGACCAAUCAAUGAAAAAUCUAGUACUUACUACUUUACCACGGCUACCAUUGGUUUGGUUCGUCAUUACUGCGCCUGUAGGAGUAUUCUCGUAUUGUUUCCCCAUACGGCGGGGGGCCCACCCACUGAUCAAGCGGGAGCAGCAGCAGACAAGGCGGGAGUUGAGCCGGGCGCGUCUCGCGAGUCUUGCCUCGUCUCUCUGCAAAUGGGUGCCGUCCAUAUAUAAACUGGACGCGGCAGUGGUCCUCAGUCUUCACACUCCCCACUCCUCUCUCUCUUUCUCCCUCCCUCGUCGUCCCAUCGGAACUCGGAUGGGGAGCGGGAGCGAGGCGCAUCUGCCGCGGAGCCGUUCGGUCUCCGCGCAGCCUUGAGCGCCGCACCGUGUCUUCGGGCUGUCCAGCUUGCGUCGCGAGGGGCGAGACGCUACGCGAGAGCGCGACAGGGCUCUUGGAUCCCCCCAGAGGGCCACAGAGCCCACACAACAGCAGAUACCCGCCGCGCAGUGGAGCCUAGAUAGAGAGAGAGAGAGAGAGUAGUGCAGCCGCUACCGCUCUCGCUCGCUCGGCCGUCGGCGACAUGGACAAGGAGAAGAGGAGGAGGAGCUGGAUCGAGCGCAUCAGGCGGCUCUUCACCACCUCGUCGUCCGACCCCAAGCCCGCGCCCAAACCAGCACCAGACAAGAAGGCCAAGAGCAAGCGGUGGCUGCCGGGGAAGCUGCGCGCGCAGCAGUCGUUCGCGCUCCCGGCGCCCGCGCCCGCGGCCACGGAACCGGACCAGAUCAGGCGGGCGGAGGACGAGCAGAGCAAGCACGCCGUGGCCGUCGCCCUCGCCACCGCGGCCGCCGCCGAGGCCGCUGUCGCCGCCGCGCACGCCGCCGCCCACGUGGUCCGCCUCACCGGCCAGGCGCCGGUGGUGCCGCCCUUGCCCCGGCAGGUGCGGGGGCAGGAGAAGGAGCGGGAGCAGGCCGCCGUCGCCAUCCAGUCGGCUUACCGCGGAUACCUGGAGCAGCAGCAGGCGAGCAACAAGCGGUGGGACAGCAGCAUCUUCUCCAAGGAAGAGAUGAGCGCCAUGACGAGGAGCAAGGAGGAGGCGGCCCUCAAGCGCGUGCGCGCGCUGCAGUACGCCUCCCUGCACAACGAGAAGCUGGGCCUCCGGCGGCCGCCCUCCCCCUCCAUGUCCAGGGACGACGAGGCGGACGCGCUGAACAACCAGCGCUGGAGCUGGCUGGAGGAGUGGGUCGGCUCGCAGCCCUUCGACAAGGACGUCCCCGUGGCGCACCAGUCCCCGUACACCCGCAGCGCCAGCAGGGGUGAGCACGACGACGUCGUCGACCGGCUCGGCUGCUCGGCCCGCCGCUCCUUCGCCCGGCCGACGCGCACGCCGCCGAGGGGGGACUGCUACGGCGACGCGGCGCAGUUCCCGGGGUACAUGGCCUCCACCGCGUCCGCCAAGGCCAAGUUCAGGUCCAUGAGCACGCCCAAGGAGCGCUCCGCCGCCGGCUACGACGCCUACUCGGAGCACUGCUUCCCGUUCGCCGACCGCCUGCUCUCGCCGAUCCCGUCCAUGUCGCCCAUCCCCUCCGUCGCCAGCGACAUGGGCUUCGCCAGGCCGCCCGUCGCGCAGCGGUCGCCGCGGGUGCCGGCCAAGAGCCCCAUGACGCCCGCGAGGGCGCGCACGCGGAGGUCGCACGGCGGCCACCACAGCUUCGGCUCCGAGGCUGCGCUGCACCAGCUGCAGAUGGAGCACUACACCCCAGUCCGCUGAACGUUUGCUCUUUUUCUGAUGAUGCGAUGCAACGAGCAACGAUGCCGUCCGUCGGUCCUUUGUGAAGAUACAAUUCUUUUGUUUGUUCGACUUCCUUACCAUAAAUUGGUGGGUUCAAAUGUUGGAUGCAAGACGAUGGAACUUUCAAUCGCACUGUAGGUGACAAUGCACCGUGGAUCCAUGAUGUAAGAGCGCAAACUAUAUGAAUUGUGAUCUGGGCCUAGUCAGUCCUGAACAGAGGCACGGUCCCCUUUCCCACUGUCUAGGGAAUAAGAGUCGCCAACAGGAGUAUGUAAACUCCUUGAUUGCACGCUUCCUGAGUCGCCAACAGGGAAUAAGCACAAUAAUUAUCUUCUUUGCAUGUUA